AUGAGCGCGCAGAUGAGGGCGAUCUGGUGCAGGCCUGCACGUGGCACUCCGUUGAAAGGUGGUCAGGAGGAGGCAAAGAAGUGGCCUGAACGUGUGGAUGAGCCCGACCCGGAUGCAAGCAGGGAGAAGUACGAGGAAGCGAAGAGGAUUUGGGAAAUGGCAUUGGGCAAUUUCGCGUUGAUGGUUAUCGACCCUAUUGAGGUUGAUCUUGUUGACCUGUCCAGUCCUCCGGAUAAGAGGUCACUCUUUACGAAAAGGAUAGACUCGAACGAGGGUGUUCAGUGGGAGGAAACAGAAUUAGUCCCCUGA